AGAAUUUUCCAGAGGGCUCUUUAGUUGAUGUCAUUUUCAAUAUGAGAAAUGUGAUCGAUUUCAGAUGCCUGAGAUUUAAUGGACUUUUUUGCUAUGUUUAUUAAAAUUAAAUUGUAAUGAAUGGGUGUUAUUAUGAGUUCUAAUACAAAUACUACUGUAGAAAUGCCUUUCUUUCGGUCACAUUCAAGUAGUAGUAAUGAUAGAAGUAAAUUGGAGCAUAAAAUGUGCAUUGCUAAAGAAACUCCAGAACCAAUAUUUGAUUUAGCAGAAUGUAAUUUAUCAGAGAUACCAUCUGGAGUUUUUAGUAUGUGUAGAGUAUUUAGGAAAGAGGUUUUGUCAUUACAUAAUAAUAAACUAACUUCUUUACAUGGUGGUGGCAGUUUACAAGAUCUGUCUGGUUUGAAGGUCUUUGAUUUGCAUGUAAAUAAGAUACACAAACUUCCAGAAGAUAUUGGUGUACUAAGUUCUUUACAAGUAUUAAAUUUAGAAAACAACAAACUAAAGAAGCUAUCUCAAUCUAUACAACAAUUGAAAUAUUUGCAAAUUUUAAAUAUCAAAGGUAAUAAAUUUACAGAAUUUCCUUUUAUGUUAUGCAAAUUACCAAGAUUACGAAGUUUAGACAUUAGGAACAAUAAAAUAAUAACUCUUCCAAAAGAAUUUUCUAUGGUUGAAACUUUACAAACAAUCCAUCUGGAUGCAGAAAAUUUUCAAUAUCCAUCACCAGGUUAG